CUGCACCUGAUACCAGAACUCUCACAGUCACUCCCGAUCUGAGCUCAGAAGGGCCAGUGGAAUCGGUCCCGCUCCGAGUCCUGCAGUUUCUGUCGAGAGCUCAGAGCAGAACAGCGUCGACUUAUCGCUAAAGCACCUUUUGGUUGUUUCGGAUUUGUUUAACCAUUCAACUAUGGGUAGUGCUGAGACAAGGCCGACAAAACGUCGAAUCACUUUCGCGCGAUCUAUGCUUAUACUCAAAUAUACAAUUGCUCCAAUGGCAAGUUGGCCGUUGCCGCCAGAAGCCAGUGCUUCGGAUAUUCGGCAGCGCAACAUUUGGUGGUGGUGCGCAUUCAUUAUUUCAAUUUCAUCUACCAGUGGUUGGUAUUGGAGUAUAUAUCUGAACUUGAACGACUUCGAUGUUGCCAUCAAAGCUGUUUCGGAAUUGUUUCCCAUGUCCGCUGUGUGGGUGAAAAUGAUCGUCUGUAAAAUAGAAGCAUCCCGAUUGCAGGAUUUGAUGGCCGAAAUGAACUCGUUUCUGAAAAACGCUACGGCAGAAGAAUGGGAGCUCGUAAUGCAAUACUACGACAGCUGCUUCACAUCGCAUUCGUUUUUUUUUAUCUCAUCGGUUCUGAUCAUGGUGUUCUAUAUAUUCGAACCCGCGAUGAAUCACGACCAGACCUUUCCAGGGACAGUGGAAUUUCCGUUUGCGAUAGAGUCAUUUUGGGUUUGGGCAACUUUGUACCUUUCGCAAAUCUUCAUCAUGACGCAAUGUGGAAGUAUGCUUCUCAUAGACCUAAUGUAUGCCACUUUACUCUGGUACGCUAGUGCCAGAUUCGAUUUGUUAGCUAUCGAAUUUUCAAACGCAACCAACGAGGAUGAAUUCAAACGCUGCAUUAAAAAACACCAAGAACUGAUGGAGUACUUCGUCAAAUUUAGGACCAGCAUUGGCAGAAUGGCCGUAGUAAUGAUCGCCAUAGCUAUGACUGCUGUUUCCACAGGAGGUUUUGUACUGAUUCGCAAUCAACCGAUGAUUGAAUUCGUGAAGUAUAUCCUCUUCGAAUUCGUCGCCGCGAUUCAAGUUUUGUUAUUCUCCUGGCCAUCGGACCAUAUAUUGCAAAUGGGUGAAAAAAUGCGUCAUUCGAUCUACAACUGCGCAUGGAUAGGCAAAUCACCGCGUAUGCUCAAAGACAUGAUUAUCGUUUUGCAACGAGCGAAGAAUCCACCGAUCAUCACCAUUGAAGGAUUUCUACCCAUCUUGUCACUUGAGUUCUUCGGAAAUUGCGUAGCGGCCAGCUUUUCAUACAUUGCAACGUUACGAGCUGUUGCUGGAGACUGAGGACUACGUAAUUCUGAUGAUUGCGAAAGAUAUCUCAUGGUGGCCUUUCGCACUCCCAGAUUGAAUAGCAGUUAUAGUGAAAUCACAUCACACUGACAACAAAUGUAAAGUGUGUAAAACUUGUCAAAUCUUACAAUCCCUACCAUGUAUCUUUUCAGUAGUAAACAUCAUGAUAAUACUACACCAAUCUCACA